CCUAAAUUUUGUAAAAUUUGGGAAGGACAACUUCACCGCUCUACCACUGCCCCUCUUUUCUCUCAUCCGAAUCCCGACGAUUCAAGUGACAGUAUACUGAAGGUAUUAUGGCGUCUCUAAUCUUUGUUUUGCACAAUAAUUCUCGACCUCUUGGUUGGAAUCCAUCUGUUUGGGUUUGAUAUUUAUUAUUUAAUUUAAUAAGGCGAAAUCACAACAAAUGGUAGGUUUAUUUUUCCCUCAUUAAUUUAGAAAAUUUAAUUGUGUGAAAUUUUUGCGGUUUACCAAUAAGGGUUCUAAUUUUGGAUUAAUUAGCGCCAUGUUUCUUGUCCACUGCUAGUGUUAUUUUACUAUCGGUUUUUAUUUAUUUUUAUCAAAGUUCGUGACUUGAUCAUUUACUCUGGUGGGUUUAUUUCGUAAAUGCUUCGUCGAAACACUAGAACUGAAUAUGUUGGAACCUAUAUAGCGUGGCAUCAUCAAAUAACUUCACUUUUAUUUACGCCUGAAAUUCGAGGUAAUCAGACAACAAUGAGUUUAUUGUUGGUAACGAUGCUUUGGAAAUUAUGAUGCGGGAGUUCUUAUUGUUUUUUAGAGAUGAAAAGUGUUUAUAUGACGACUGAUCAACAAAAGAAAUUGGAUAAUGCACCAGCACAAUCUGUUGCGAGGUUUGAAAACUCAGCUUCAAAGUUCAGUAGGUGGGGCAGGAAAGCACCGUUGGUACGAUAUGGUCUUCCAAUGAUUUCGCUUACUGUGCUUGGGGCUCUUGGACUUGGUCAUCUACUGCAAGGAAGCAAGGAUAUUGCUAAAGUGAAGGACGACCAGGAGUGGGAGAUUAUAGAGACAAGAAAAGCACUAUCAAGAACAGGACCUGUGGAUGCCUACAAGCCCAAAAAUAUUUCACUGGAGGAAGAGCUGAAGACUUUGCAGCAGAAGGUUGACAUAGAAAAUUAUGAAUACAAGAAAAUACCGAGCCCUAACUAGGGAAGUUAAAGUCAGAUUGAUGUCCGUCUGAAGUUUUUUUUUUUUUUUUUUUUUUUCCCAAAAUUCAGCCAAUUCUUGAAAUGGUGAGUAAUUGUAUAAUUGAUGUAGGGAUGAAUACGUAGAGAAUAACCUGCAACUAUCGGCAAAAUCUUUUGUUUUGGUUAUCCACUUUUGUGUAUGAACCAAUUUAUUUUGAGCUAUUGUGAACUUUUUUUAUCUACAUUUAUGAAAAUUAGAUUUGUUCUCUCUUUAUGGAGUAAUUAAUUGACUUUGGAUUCUUGGAUGAAGAAACUGAAGAAUUUUGGCAAUAUUUUCUUUUAAGUCGGAAUAGUUUCUGGUUUGUAUCGAGCAAUUAGUUCCAUUGUGCGUUGUUCAUCUUGAUAUGAACAUCAGAGCUUCACCAUCUUCAAUUUUUUGCUGAUAUCCAUAAGAGUUGUUUAGUCUUUUUAUUCUCGACGGUUUGCAAUUUUUUUCAUGUACUGACACGAGUGGCGAAUGCAAAUGAUAACUUUCUGUAUUUCACUUAACUAAUCACUUCAUUGUUAUGAAAUGCGAAGAGUCCUAUUAAUAGAA